AUGGGAGGGCAGCUCUCCAAGAUGAUGGGCAAGAUCUUCGGAUCCAAGGAGAUGCGGCUGCUGAUGCUGGGAUUGGACGCGGCCGGCAAGACGACGAUUCUCUACAAGCUCAAGCUGGGUCAAGACGUGACUACCAUCCCGACGGUCGGCUUCAACGUCGAAACGGUGACGUACAAGAAUGUCAAGUUCAACGUCUGGGAUGUCGGUGGUCAGGACAAGAUUCGUCCUCUGUGGAGGCAUUACUUUAGCGGAACCCAAGGUCUCAUCUUUGUCAUCGACUCGUCGGACCGUAAGCGCAUGGACGAGGCUCGACAGGAGCUCCACCGCAUCAUCAAUGACCGAGAGAUGAAGGACAGCUUGCUGUUGGUGUUUGCAAACAAGCAGGAUCUUGAGAACGCCAUGAAGCCGCAAGAAGUCACCGAGGCGCUCCAGUUAUCCAAGCUUAAGGACAAGAUCUGGUACGUGGUGCCCAGCUGCGCAACCACGGGAGAGGGUCUGCUCGAGGGCCUGGCCUGGCUCUCCAACAACGUAAAGGCGCCGCCUGCGCCGGCCAAGAAGUGA